AUGAGAAGAGUGGGUAAAAGUUCUCUCAUGGUGAGAUUUGUUGAUGACAUAUUUACAACAUCGUACAUCACGACGAUAGGAGUGGAUUUUAAAAUGAGUACAAUUAAUAUUGACGGACAGCAAUGUAAAAUACAAAUUUGGGAUACGGCUGGACAAGAACGAUUUCGAGUAAUUACGAGUACUUAUUAUAGAGGAGCAGAUGGUGUAAUUAUUGUUUACGAUGUUACAAAUGGUGAAACAUUUGCAAAUUUAAAAGAUUGGAUUACAGAAAUGGAACCUAAAAUUCUUGUUGGUAACAAAGAUGAUUCGGAUUUUGAGAUGACAAAAGUUGUUUUAACAUCGGAUGCCAGUCAAUAUGCACAACAAAAAAAUUUACCGUUUUUUGAAACAAGUGCACGAGAUAAUAAAAAUGUUGAAAAUGUAUUUCAUGAAAUAACAAAAUUAGCACUGAAACGUCGAUUAACAAUGCAAAAAGAACAGCCAUCAUUAUUGAAUCAAAAACGAACAAUUUUAACAGUCGGUCGUUCAAAAGAUAAUAAAAAAUGUUGUUCAUGA